CAAGUACAUAGGCAGGUAUGUUUGUCUAACAACCUUUGAAACUUAGAAUAAAGUACAUAACUGGAAAAAUAAAUCCAAUUAACAUCCAUCACAAGUCACAUUUGUGGUUAACACUGUUGAUAAUAUUAACACAAACUACUAUUGGUAUUAUUCCAUUCGUUAUAAUAUUUUUUUUGUUUAGUAUUUAAGUUGAAAACCUUUAAUACUAAAACAAGGAACGAAACAUUGGCUCAUAGUGCAAAUCAAUGAAGUAAUCAAGCGGAUGAAAUACGAUAAUAUAGCUUGUAAUAAAUCACCUGAAAUUCAUCGUAAAUUGGGUACAGGUAAUCUUUUGGAACUGAGACGAAAUAAUGCUAAAUAUGGUGGACUAGAACAAUUUAAUCGACGUGAUCUCUUAACAGCAAUGAUUACACACAGACCAUGUAAAAAUAAUUUAGAUGUUGAUACAUUUGAAGAAUUUCUAGAAUGGAUACAAAAUGAUUGUCCAUUAAAUUUACCUAUGAUAGCAUUUACAGAAUUAAAUGAACAAUUAUUAUGUCAUCAAGAAAACACAAAGAAAGGAGAGAUAAAAGAAUAUACUAGAAAAGAAAUCAAUGGACGAGUGAGUAAGAUUAAUAUACCUGAUCAAAUAUUAGACAAAACAGUUACUAAUAAUCAGACAAAUGAAAACAUUAAUAUUAAUAAUAAUAAUAAUAAUGAAAGGAAUAAUCAUUUCACUUUAUCCAAUAGUUUUGAUGUACACAACUCUGUGAAUGAUAUGGAAAACAUUCCAACUAGUAAUAAUAACUAUGAUAAUAAUGCUAAAAGUCAAGAGUCUAAUCAUUCUGUUCAUAUAAUCAAAACAACUGAUGUUCUAUUAAAAAAUUCAACUGAAUCAAAUAAUCAUGACAUUAUUAAAGAAAUUUCAAAUGAUUCAAUAAACAAUCAUAAUGAUUCACAAGUUAAAAUUGAUGAUAAAUAUUUUUCACCAAUAAUCAUAAACUGUGUUAAAACAAAAUCAUCAUUCAAUUCAAAUUAUUUUCCAUUGGAUAAAUCUUUAUCAAAAUUUAUAUAUCGUUUAUAUUUGCAAGAUAUAAAACCUUGUUUUGAAUUUAUUGAUAAAAAACUUAUCUCUUCAAUUUAUCAAGCAUUGCCAGAAUUAGGUUUAGAAAUUACACCAAUUACACCGGAAUUAGGCGGUGGUUUACGCUGGAAUAACGACAUAAAUGGUGGUGAUAAAACAGUAAAAGUUGUUCAUGAAUACUGCUCAUUAAUGCCAAAAUAUGAAGCUAUGUUUCGUAUGAAAAUCAGAACACCUGAUUCCAAUGAAAUCGAUUGUAAAAUAUCAUUACCAGCAAGAGACAGACUAGUUGCAAUUGUCAAUCUAUUUCAAUACUUAAGUAUAAUAAAACGUGGUCUAGAUUCUAGUCCGAUUAGUAUAAAUAGAAAGAAUAAUAAUCACUUCAUCAAUAUAAAGAAUCGUAAUAAUUGUCACAAUAAUGGUAAAGAAGCUAUCACACAGGAAGUUGAGAUACAAGAACAACAAUUCCGUACAAUUCAACGGCAUCGAUUAAAUAUCGCACUAGCUCGACUUGGAUAUGGAACACCAGAUUUAGAGUGA